AUGCCCUUUUCAAAAGACCAUUGGGGAAAAGACGCUAAAGCAAGCGGUCGCCUAAAAAACAACAACAACAAACCCUACUCCACCUCUUUACCCUCCAGUUCACGAACAAAACCCUCCUCCACCACAUCCACAAGAACCCCCUACCACCCCCGCAGACGACCCCAAACCCAGCCUCAACGCAUCCUCAUCGUCGGUGGCAGUAUCCACGGCCUCAUCCUCGCCAUCCUGCUCCAACGCCUCCGUAUCGAUUACCUCAUCCUCGAGCGGGCCUGUGAGUACGGAGUACCACCCAAUGGAAUCGUUCUCGGCUCGUUCGUCCUCAAUUUGCUUGAUAUGCUCGGAUUGGUCGACAUUGUCAAGUCGCGGUCGUGGGAGGUCCACCGAAUGAAGAUCUGGCGAGAGAAUGGGAACAUCCAGGCCGAGACCGAUUUCUCGGGGGCCGCGGAUCGAUACUCGCAUAACGGCAUUGCGAUCCCGGGGAGGGUGUUCCAGGAUAUUUUGAGAGCGCAGAUCCCCGAGGACAAGAUCCUGUGGGGGAAGGAGGUCAAAGGGUAUGUGCAGGAUGAGUUUGAGGUCAGGGCUUCCUGUCAGGAUGAUGAUGUCUAUUGGGGGACCAUGUUGGUUGGGUGCGAUGGGAUGAAUAGCACGAUUCGGAAGCUGUUGCAUCAGGAGCAGGCAGAUAGGUUGUCGGUUGAGGAUAGGAGGCCGGAUCGGAGGACGUGUAGUUGCUGGAUGGUGCCAAUGCCAGGGGAGCGCAAAAUAAGCUGGAUGAUCACCUACCACCGGCCUGAGGACGAACCAGCAACACACCCUGACGAACUGGAACCAGACUCGAUGGAUCGACCCAAUGUCGAGCAAGAGUUUAUCAACAAAGUCAGGGACUAUUACUGUCCUUAUGGCGGCGGAUCGUUAGGUCAUCUCUUGGACCACAGCGACCCAGAGGAGAUAUAUCAAGUUUCGAGUGACAGGCGGUCUUAUGACAUGUGGUAUAGCGGUCGUGUUGUCCUCGGCGGUGAUGCAUGCCACAAGAGCAUUGCAGGCGAUGCUGGACGCAUGCUCACUGGCCCCACUAAUCCAACACGCAAUCUUACUACCGCGAACGGCACGAGAUUGCAAGGACCGCCGUUGAAGGGUCUGCAGAUCUGA